GACGCAGUCUGCUCGCACUUUUGUUUAGCUCACCGUCUGGACCAUUCGACCUGUGUUGCAUAUUGUAUUUUUGGCUUAGAAACUUUUGCAACAAACUUUGACCGUACGGAAAAUACGAUAAGGAUACAACCACUGACUGUCUGGAAACCCAUUUGGUGAAAACUCCAAGCUGCUGUCAUGCCUUUUCCCAGGGGGAAGAAACCUAGUGUCACUGCUGGCAAUAAAAUACCCAACCUACAUGACAAAGGGAUGGAGAAUCAGGAGGAAGGCCCCCAGGUCAAGAGGGUUUCCUCCUCUCCCCAAGGAGCCCCUAAGAAGAGGACUGCCUUCGUAGACAUCACCAAUGCACACAAGGUCCACAUCAGCCUGCCAGGAACCAAGAAGAAGAACUCCCUUAAGAAGACACAGAAGAAGACCACCACUACUGUGUCAGACAAGAACGAAGCCAACCUAAAAAAGUCUGAAUCAGUGAGCUCAGAGAGUCAGGAGGAGGAAACCCCAGUGGAAGAGCUGGUGGUGGUGGGGGCUGUUCCACCUAGAGAGUUACCCCCCCACCUUCAGAGACCACAGAUCCCUGAGAAGUUUGAUAUAGACACCCAGCACCUGGAUGACCCCACUCUGACGGCUGAGUACGCCAAAGAGAUUUUUGACUACCUCAAAGCCAGAGAGGAGAAGUUCAUCCUGUCUGACUAUAUGUCCAUCCAGCCCAGUCUGAAUGCUGGGAUGAGGUCCAUCCUGGUGGACUGGCUGGUCGAGGUGCAGGAGAACUUUGAGCUGAACCAUGAGACCCUGUAUCUGGCUGUGAAGGUGACGGACCACUACCUGUCCACUGCUCCGGUCAACAGAGAGAGUCUACAGCUCAUAGGGUCUACAGCCAUGCUCAUAGCGUCCAAGUUUGAGGAGCGCUGUCCGCCCUGUGUGAACGACUUCCUGCUCGUCUGUGACGAUGCGUACAAGAGGGAGGAGCUUAUCGCUAUGGAGACAAACAUCCUGCAGGCGCUGGGGUUCGACAUCAACAUCCCCGUCCCCUACCGCUUCCUCAGGCGAUACGCCAAGUGUGUGAGUGCCAGUAUGGACACUCUAACCCUGGCACGGUACGUGUGUGAGCUGAGUCUCCAGGAAAUGGAUCUGGUCCCAGAGAGAGGAUCAUUACUGGCCUCAGCCUGUCUGCUGCUGGCUCUAGUCACCAAGGAGCUGGGAGGAUGGUCCCCUAUCCUGGUUUUCCACUCUGGGUACGGUGUGUCAGAGCUGGCCCCUGUCGUCCGGAAGCUUCACUCCAUGCUCACCUCCCCUCCAGACGACAAACUCCUGGCCGUCCGGAGCAAGUACUCUCACAAGGUUUUCUUUGAAGUCGCGACGAUUCCGACGGUGGACCUGGAGACAUUGGAGAGCGCGUUGAAGUGACGUGAGCCAUAGCAACGAGUUGGUGGAUGAGUGAGAAAAUAUGUACAUUUCUAAGGAAGACACUGUAUAUAUUUUGUAAUAAUAUUUAUAUAUAUCGCUAUGCUAAUUUUUCUAAUAAAGGGAUGGAAUUUGUUGUUCUGUUGUAUAAUCAAGCUUGGAUUUUUUUCAGCAGCAAUGCUUUUUUUACAUGUUCAAGUUGUAUUUUGUAGCUGUUUUACACUUGUUCUUUAAGAAAAAAAAAAAGUUUUAUACAGGUGUUGAAGUAAAAGUAGUCUAAAUGUUACAAAGCUAUUUUUAGAAGUGUGUAGUGAGAGAGGGGGGGGAAAAAAGUAAAUAUUGAUUUACUGUUAAUAUCAUUGACCAUUGAUAUUAUUGUAUUGUGUAACCCACGGUAACAGUGUUCUUUAUAGGUAUAAACAAUGUCUGUCUCUGUCGGGAGUUGUCAAGGUUUUGCUCCAGCCCUGCUCCAAGUUAUACAGAACUUAUUCUACUAAUCGGCCUCUCAUCAGGACCUUGAUUAGCGGAAGCAGGUGUGUUAGUUAGAGCGAUGCUGGAACAAAAGCCUGCAUACUACCCAGUAGCUCUCCAGGAGGACGGUUGGACACCCCUUGGCCUGUCUGCCUCCCAAAAUGGAGGGUUGGACACCCCUUGGCCUGUCUGCCUCCCAAAAUGGUGGGUUGGACACCCCUUGGCCUGUCUGCCUCCCAAAAUGGAGGGUUGGCCACCCUUUUGGUCUGUCUGCCUCCCAAAAUGGAGGGUUGGACACCCCUUGGCCUGUCUGCCUCCCGAAAUGUAUUUUUAUGUUGUACAGUGUGUAUCAUGUAUAAACUCUUAACAGUCAAAUCCUCUCUUGCUCAAAUUGUUAUGCUAUUUUUAAAUGGCUAUCAGAGCUCUGAAAAUUAAAUAAAUCUGUUUUAU